UUCGGAACGAUUCAUCUAAACUCUAAAGUAGCGGUGAUGCUGUUGGUGUGAACAGUGAUAAUAGUAUAAUAACAUGGCUGAUGGUGAUAUCAAAUCGGAAGAAUUGGGUCAGAUCAGGAUCGAACGUCCGUUUUACGAAGAUAAACAGCUAAGGCAGGAUUUUUGUUACGAGAAGCCAAUAAAACAAAAUGUAGCUCAGAAAUGUUCACAAGAAUUUCGACUAUCCAAGUUCCUUGUCGGUGUAAUUCCAGUGGUAGGAUGGCUGCCGAAAUACAAUUGGAAAAAUGAUCUUGUAAAAGACAUAAUUUCGGGAGUUACUGUAGCAAUUAUGCACAUUCCUCAAGGAAUGGCAUACGCUAUGCUUGGAAACGUUCCUGCUGUAGUUGGAAUUUACAUGGCAUUUUUUCCCGUACUAAUCUAUUUUAUUCUCGGCACUUCGCGGCAUAACUCAAUGGGCACCUUUUCAGUGGCUUGUCUAAUGACUGGCAAAGCUGUUCUUCAGUACAGCGAUCCCGGUUAUUUUGCAUCAUCCAGUAUUGAUACUCCAAGCAAUUCCACGGAAAUGGAGAUUACAGGAUACAGCCCUAUUCAAGUAGCUACAGCGGUAACUUUUAUCGUGUCAUUAUUUCAGGUGGCUAUGUAUGUUUUAAGAUUAGGUGUUAUUAGUGCACUUUUGUCCGAAACUUUGGUAAGUGGAUUCACCACCGGAGCUGCCAUUCAUGUUCUCAUUUCGCAAGUAAAGGAUUUAUUUGGAUUAAACAUCCCAAAGUCCAAAGGCAAUUUUUCCAACAUCUACACGAUAAUUGCUGUAUUUGGCGAACUUGUGAACACUAAUGUGGCCGCUCUUGUGGUCUCAAUCGUAACAAUAACAAUAUCUGCAAUCAACAAUGAUCAUUUCAAGCCACUUUUUGCAAAAGUGUCACCUUUUCCUUUCCCGAUGGAACUGUUAGCUGUGGUUGUUGGAACGGUGGUGUCAAAAUAUUGCUAUCUAGAGGAAACCUACGGAGUUCAAACGGUUGGUGACAUUCCAGUUGGGCUCCCAGAUCCGACUGUUCCUCAAUUCAGUCUGCUUCCCAACCUAAUUGUAGAUGGAAUUACCAUAUCCAUAGUUUCCUAUACUAUAAAUCUAUCUAUGGCACUUAUUUUUGCGCAAAAACUGAAUUAUGAAGUAGAUGCUAAUCAAGAGUUACUCGCCAUGGGUCUUAGUAAUGUGUUUGGUUCAUUCUUUUCCUGCAUGCCAGUUUGUGCAUCUUUAUCCAGAUCGCUGAUCCAGCAAGUUGUAGGUGGAGUGUCUCAACUAGCAUCUAUUGUAUCAUGCCUGAUUCUACUUGUGAUCUUACUGUGGGUGGGGCCUUUCUUCGAACCACUUCCCAGAGCAGUUCUGGCUGGCGUUAUAGUAGUUGCAUUAAAAGGAAUGCUGCUUCAAGUGUUAGAAUUUUGGAAGUUCUGGAAAUUAAGUAAAGUGGACGCCUUAGUUUGGAUGGGCACAUUUCUCACUGUAGUGCUGAUCAAUAUUGACAUCGGAUUAUUAUGUGGAGUUGUUCUAUCACUGGCGGCUAUUCUUUUCCUCAGCUUCAAACCUCAUACCUGCCUUCUCGGGCAUGUUCCAAAUACCGAUUUUUACUUGGACAUCGCAAGAUAUAAAGCGGCCAAAGAGGUUGAGGGCAUCAAAAUAUUCCAUUAUUCUGGAGGAAUCAAUUUUGCCACGAAAUCGAUUUUUAAAUCCGAUCUGAUCCGCUUGAUCGGGAUCAAUCCUCAAAAGGAAGUUGUCUACCGAGCAAAACUUGCCAAGUACUUAGGAAAAGCUGACGACCAACUACACAAGUCGGCCAAUCUAACCGGAAAGCUGGAAAAGGUUCAAGGCAAAGUAAACACUAAGCUCCGAUGUUUGAUCUUAGAUUUUUCGUCGGUCAGUCAUAUAGAUCCAUCAGGAGUUUCAAUGCUAAAAUCAGUUGUGGAAAAUUUUACGAAAUUGGACAUUCCCGUAUACAUCGCCAGCUGUAAAGAACCUGUCUACGAAAUGCUCACCAAAGUGUAUCCAGAUUUCGUCACAAAAUUAGGAUUUAGAUCUUUUCCCACUGUUUACGAUGCAGUUCACUAUUCUUCGGAGCUAUUUUUGUCCAGUUCUAAUUCAACUAUAUCUACGGUACGCCUCUGAUGGACAUCAACUGUCCAACUUGGACAAUUUCGAUAAAUGCCCAAAUGGAAAGAACUGAACGUAAAAUAAUUUCGCAACAGUUAUACAAACCAUAAUACAACACAAUGGAUGGUUUUCAUGUACAAGACGUUUAUUAAGAUAUUUUAACGACUUUCUUUUCUUAAGUUKACUUAAAUUUKCAUWCGUAUUCUAACAAACUGUGCUUUUAUUCUAAACGAAACUAAAAAGUUCCUACUUUUGCCUUCAA